AUGUCUUCCUCAGGUUACGUAGAAAAUUACAAUAAUUUCAACCAAAAAAACAACUAAAAUUAAAACAAAUUCAAUAAUAAAAAUAUGAAACCUUAUGUAAAUUUGAAAAAAACAAGACUUUGUCAAAAUUUUUUGAAUGGAACAUGUACUAAAGGUGAUAAAUGCCAUUUUGCACAUAGCGAAAGUGAAUUAAAGUAAAAACCUGAUUUGAAUAAAACAAAAUUAUGUUAACCAUAUUAAACAAACGGCUUUUGCCCAAAUUAAGAUUCCUGCUAAUAUGCUCAUGGAGUUGGGGAAUUAAGACAUACUGAUGAUUUUUAUAAAACAUCUUUAUGCUUUAAUUUCAGUAAAGGCAAAUGUUUAAAUGGCGACAAAUGCAGAUAUGCACAUAAUGAAGAAGAAUUAAAAUCUAGAUAUAACAAUCACAAUAACAAUGUUUAGAAUAACAACAAUAAUAAUAACAGAAAUAACAAAUAUAAUGAUCUUAUGAUGGCUAUGCCUGUAUAGAAUAUUUCUUAAUAGUAACAUAUAUUAUGUUUUUUAUGAAGGUGAAAUAAAAUGAGUUGUGGAAAAAAUACUAAGAUUUAUACGAAGAGUAGUUUAGGAUAUUUUAGAGAGCUAAUUUAGAAAAAAUAGUCACUAUUAAUGCUUAAACUAAUAAUUAUAAUUAAAAUUUUAGGAAUCUUUAGACUGAUAAAUACUUUGAUGUAGUCAAGUGGUUCCUUGCUAUGGGAUUUAAUGUUAAGUUUGAAUGUCUACUUGAAGGAUUUAUACUUGUGGAUUUUGUAGUGAAAGAUUUCGAGGAGAAAAUAUAAAAAUUAGAAGGUUAAAAAGAUUUUAUUGUGUAAAAAAUUUAAAAAGGAGAUAUAUAAAAUGAAGCUUAGCAGUUUGAUUUUAAGAAAGAUUAUGUUUGUAAAAAAUAAGAUGUUAUUUUAGAAAUUGAUGGGUAUUCACAUUUUGUGUAUGCGUUUAGAAGAAGGA